CACGAAUGGGAUCCCAGCACCGGAACUUGUUUGUUCGCCUGUUUGCCUGUCUCAUAAAAAUUCAUCGCCUGUUUUUAGUUUCCACUCGCUCACAGCGAAGAAGCCCCGUUUGACACUUGCCUGACACUUUGGCUAAAAAAAUAAAAAAAAUAUGAAGAUUCCGGCUUGGGAUGUUGAACGCCAGCUCUACAGCAACUCCAGUACUGCGAAUGAGCAGACGAAGUGCUCUUCGUCUUCGUCAGCACUACCAGUACCAGUAGAAAGGGACCACCAUGACGCAUCCCCCGUAGCAACCGCAAGGAGCCAGACGGCUUCGGUAAUGUUCUCGGACGAAGAUAAUGUAAUCCAUGAUAUCCUGCCAUUGUCCGCUUACUCAGUGGAAGAGAUUGAAUCCUGCUGGUUUAGCCGGUACGAGUACAAUGCCUUCAAACGCAAUUCUCUUGUAACUCUUAGUUUGAACAGGACAGGAGCACUCUCUCCUGAUGAUCCAGAGCAUACCAUGAGGGGACUGGAAUGCCGUACCAGGGAAUGUACGGAUAGCCGACGCAUGUUGCGCUACCAAGCCACAGCCGCCGUCUUUGAGGAACAAGCCAGGCAGAGGCAAGGUCAUCAUUAUCAAGGAGUAGAUCCACAAGCCAUUUCCGAUUGCUACCACGCGAUUUCCUGGCAUUCUAUGUACGACGCUCACGUCCAAGGGUUGGCCGAUGAGCAAGAUUGUCUAGAAGCAGCUGUCGAUUCUAUUAUUUGUACCGCGACGUCGGUGCUGGAAGAGCCUGAUAUCUUUGCUGCGCUUUCGUCUCCGUCUUCCAAGCGCAACUCGGUUUUGGGCUCGAUUAUCUCCAUUGAUCAUGAUCAGGAGGAAGAACCGUUUGCGAUUGCAGGGUUCAAUAGCGACUUGUGGACUUCCUGCGCCUCCAGCAGUGAAGCUCCACCCGCUUUCAACUUGAACAGUUUCUUCAGCGACAUGCCAGUCGCAGUGGCAGCGGCGUAAGGAGGAGUGAGGACUGUACAUCCUUUGUCUGUCUGGUAAACUACUUACUUGUACAGUACAGGGUCCUCGCUCCCUUCUUGGCAACAAAACGAUCUAUUAUUUUCUGGGUUUGUUGGAACUUGAUGGUCAUGGCUGUUUCCACAGGGGUGGGAUCUUGUACACUACACAUACACUACUACAAUUACACGAGCUGAUAUGACAAAUGUCCGGCUUUACAGAUUUGUCAUAAUACUUAAACUAAUCUUUUACUACAACAAUAUC